AUGCAUUACCAUCAGUCCACCGAGGGGUUUAGUCACCAAGAAAUGAGGGAUGAAGACAUGUUUCUUCAUUGUCUCAAGUGGCACCAAUGUGGUGUCCGCUUCCUAAGAGCCGGAUACUUUGUAGAUGCGAUCCAGUCCUGGCUGGAGGGCUUUCAAGGGUUGGAAGGUAUAUUGAUGCAAUACGAUAUCAGUCUAAGUCAACACGACGAUGUUGAAAGCAAAGUCAACAUUCCUUGUCGUCUGAAGCGGGAACAAAUGGGCGUCAUUCGAAUUCCACUUGAUGAUGUCUUUCUGAAUCGAGAAUCAGAAGGCCGCAUCCGAAGACUCCGCGGCUGCCCCUGUCCUUAUCACUUCAACUUGCUUGUCAUCAUGACUUACAAUCUGGCACUCGCCUUUCAUUUGCAUGCUAAUCAAUUGCAUGACGGCGAGUCCUAUGUUUCGAUGCUUCGCCAGAGCCGAAAUCUCUACUUGCAAGCAAGAAGGCUCCACUCCACGUACGGUUCAGAUGUUCUCGACACGAGUUGUUUGGAGAACAAUUUGUUGCAUCUUCAUCAAAUGAUGGAUUUGGAGAUCCAUGGACCAGAAAAGACACAGGCUCUCUUGCCCAACCUCCAAACCCCACCUGCAACGAUAAAUGUGGCAACACACGCGGCAUAG